AAUUCUUUAAAAAUCAGGAGUACUAAUCUUUUGAUUAACCUUUGUUAUGUAAGCAUGAAACCGAUAAGUUCUUGCCUAAUCUACGAAAAAGAAAACAUUAUAAUACAUCUAAAAACCCCUGAUAGAUUAGAUUGCGCAGCCCGCGAGUUGUUAUUUUUAAAUCAUUUGUUUAAUCUUCCCCUCAGCUGCCAUCAAUGAACCACACGAUCAUACCGUUGACUGAUGGUUUAUAAUAUAAUCUAACGGUUUAAAACCGAUGAAACACACGGGUAUAGAUACACCCUUCCGCACCUGAUUAUUUAGAUUUUGAAUUAAAAAAACACGAGAUGAUGUUGCUUUGAAAGAGUCUCUCAUUGACUCGACUCUUUCCUAAUCCUAUAUAUACAUUCCCACUCUCUUCUCCACUGUCAAAUCAAAUCCUUUCUUUAUUAAAUCAAUCAUCUUCCUCCUUAGAUUCUCUGUUUCCUCCGCAAUGGCCACGCCAAGCGAAGCAUCAGCUCUUUCCUUCAUCAAGAAGCAUCUUCUCGACGAAUCUUCUCCGCUUCCUAAAGUCACCACCACCAAUCCAUGGAUCGCUUCAGAAACCAGCUCCGAUUUUUCAAUAUUCGGUUCAUUUGACCAAACCGGUUUUGAUUUUUCUGAAUUUGAGACUAAACCGGAAAUAACCGAUCUCGUGACGCCUAGGUUCACUGACUCGUUCGAAUUCGAACCGGAGGCGAAUGCUGAAAUUCAACUAGCACCGAGCGAAUCUUUCACGUUCCAAUCGAAUCCACGCCGGAAACCGCCGUUGAAGAUCGAGCCGCCGAGCAGAACCGAAUGGAUCCAAUUCGCAACCGCAAAUCCCGAACCGGAGCAGCUUCCCGUACACGUGGCCGCAGAAGAGAAGAGGCAUUACAGAGGAGUGAGGAUGAGGCCGUGGGGGAAGUUCGCGGCGGAGAUCCGAGAUCCAAACCGUCGGGGAACUCGGGUUUGGCUCGGGACGUUUGACACGGCGAUCGAAGCCGCUAGGGCUUACGAUCAAGCAGCGUUUAGACUCCGAGGGUCAAAGGCCAUUGUGAAUUUCCCGCUUGAGGUAGGGACGUGGAAUCCACGCGCUGACGUUGGGCAGAACAAACGGAAGCGAGACGGAGAGGGAGAAGAGGUGAGUGUGGUUGCGAAAGUGCUGAAGACGGAGGAGAGUCACGCCGUUGAGACAGAAACGUCGAGUUUGACGGCGGUAGAUGACUGGGAUUUGACGGAGCUUUUGAGCAUGCCGCUUUUAUCGCCGUUAUCUCCGCACCCUCCGUUUGGUUAUCCACAAUUGACUGUUGUGUAAAUGUUGACGUGGAACUACGGCGUACACGUGUUCGUGUGAUCCCUUGCUUUCUUUUGUUGCACACUCGAGGAAAAAUAUAAUUCAUUUAUUUGUUUUUUAUUUAAUAAGACUUUCAACUUUCAAGUUUCAA